UUAAUAACUAUGACACAUUCAUAGAAGUGAACACUUAAAGCAGGCUUGAAGUCAAAAUGAGGAAGUGACGACAUACUAAGAAAGGGAAGUAGAUGCAGCGUCUCUUUAAAGAAGCACUACUGAAGAAACUCAGACAGUUAGGAGCGUGACAACGGGAGGACAGAGACGGAGAAUCACCAUGAACGAGCUCAAAUGGAUUCAAACUUCUUUACUUCUCACAGCGCUGCUUCAGUUUGCUGCAGCAGCUGUAAUUAAAGAAGUCACAUUCAGAGUUGGAGAGGACGCCACGUUGUCUUGUGAAACUGUGAUACAAGGUCAACAGAAGUGUGAAUAUACGACAUGGGGCUUUGUUGAUGUUGAAUUAAAAAACAAGGAAAUAGUAGACCUGGUUGUAAAAGGUCAGGUUAAAAACUCUACAGUUAAAUCAGACAGACUGAGAGUUACAGAGGACUGUUCUCUGGUUAUAAAGAAGAUCAGAGAGGAGGAUGCUGGACUUUAUCUCUGUCAACAGAUCAAAUCAGGAAGAAUAACAGGCGAUGCGACUCAAGUUGAUCUCUCUGUUAACAAGAGUGAGGACACAAAACCAGAACCAACAAGACCAACAAGACCACCACCACCAACUACUGCGGCUGCAGGAGAUUGUACAGGUUGUUCUGAUCUGGACUUGGUCAUGUUGGCUCUGCGUGUGGCUGAACUCCUCCUGAUUACUGUGAUCACUGUUCUUCUCUUCAGAGCUCGAGGGAACCAGAGACCACCUGAUGACAUCACUGUGUAUUAUGAUGGAGAUGAAGGCUCAGUGAACUAUGAAAAUGAUGGAGAACCUUCUGCUUCUGUCAGACUCCACUGAUCAACAACUUCCACACAAACAUCCACUCAGCAGAUACAUUAAUCCACCGCUUUCAAUCAUUUCUAUAUCAUGCAGGUUUGCAGCAGGUAGAGAGAGAAACAGAGAGAGAGAUCAUCACUUGGGUUAAUCUUCAGUUUUUGCAAACAUAGCAGAAAAUAUAUUUUUUUGUAGAAAGCUUCAUUUGUAAGUUCUUCAUAUUUUUGAGUGCCUUAAAAUGUCAGAAUAAUCAAAUUUGAAUCACUAUGUCAAAUUAACUUUCAUGUCUUAUUGUUGCUUCAAUAUAUUUAAUUGAAUGUGUAUGUUUUACUUAAAGGAGGUCUAUUAUCCUCACUUUCACCAUUAAUCAUGUCAGUCUGGGACACCUAUUGAGUAGUGUUGUGAGAUGUGUAGCUCAAAAACCUUCUUAUUUAUGUCGGUAAAAUCUCUCAUAUCAGCCUCUGUGUGAAACGGUUCAUUUCAGCUGCUGUCUCUUUAAGACCGCCCUCUUCACGUGCCCACAUUUCUCUGAUUGUCCAGCUUUGCUAAAAACUUCCUGGGGGCAGAACCAAUUAGCUGACGGGUGGGCAACUCCUUCAUCUUUGCUCCAUGCUUUGUUCUAAUCUAAUGUUUCAGUGGCAAAGUUUUACGACGUCCUUUAAGAUCUUGUUCAGAGCAGCAGGAAACCACGUCCGGGGAUUACACCAACAUCUGUGUAUCUUGUGUUUAAAAAACUUUGCAGAGGUUUAGUAUGAACAUCCAACAUGGUAACAUUAUAUGUAUGUUUUUAAAUAUGGAUCAGCAUCAUAGAUCUCUUUUUAUACUUUUCCAUCUUCAGUCUGUAAUAAUCAUGUCUUUAUAAAAUCAUAAUAAAAUGUCAUGCUUAA